AUGCCGCGGAACGGCUGCGCCACGGUUUUUCUCCAUCCUCUGCCCAGCGUCAAACCCCACCGGGAGCGUAACCGCAGAGGAGCGUGCUGUCCAUUGAUGUGUGAUAGACGAGUGACACACCUCCUCUUUCCUCUCCUCCUCCUCUUGCGGGCUCCUCUACUGUUUAGCUUUGGUGAGCGCACCUGCCCCAAUAAUUGUCGAUGUGAGGGAAAAACUGUCCAUUGUGAUUCAUCUGGCUUCUUAGAUGUCCCAGAAAACAUUUCAGUUGGCUGCCAGGGCCUCUCUCUGCGCUACAAUGAACUGCACACCCUGUUACCAUAUCAAUUUGCUCACCUCAGUCAGCUUCUUUGGAUUUACUUGGACCACAAUCAGAUUUCUGCUGUUGACAGUCGAGCAUUCCAGGGAGUCCGCAGGCUUAAAGAGCUAAUACUGAGCUCCAACAAGAUCACAUCCCUGCACAAUUCAACAUUCCAUGGGAUUCCCAAUCUCCGCAGUUUGGACUUGUCAUACAACAAACUGGAAAUUCUGCAGCCAGGUCAAUUCCAUGGCCUAAGAAAGCUGCAAAACCUACACCUACGCUCAAAUGGUCUUUCCAACAUCCCGAUUCGAGCCUUCCUCGAAUGCCGAAGUUUGGAGUUUCUGGAUUUAGGCUACAAUCGAAUCAAGGCUCUUACUCGUACCACCUUUUUAGGGUUACAGAAGCUGAUGGAGUUGCAUUUGGAGCACAACCAGUUCUCAAGGAUAAACUUUUUUCUGUUUCCGCGCUUAGCCAAUCUGAGAUCACUCUAUCUGCAGUGGAACCGCAUUAGGGUGGUCAACCAGGGGCUUCCAUGGACUUGGUAUACACUGCAGAAACUUGAUCUUUCUGGAAAUGAAAUCCAGACCCUGGACCCAGCUGUGUUUCACUGCUUGCCCAACCUUCAAGUUCUCAACCUGGAAUCCAACAAACUGUCCAAUGUCUCUCAAGAGGCAGUGUCAGCAUGGAUCUCACUGACCUCCAUUAGCCUUGCUGGGAACAUGUGGGAUUGCGGAACUGGCAUAUGUCCACUUGUGGCUUGGUUGAGGAAUUUUCGGGGCAGUAAAGACACCACUAUGAUUUGCAGCAGCCCAAAGUAUCUCCAGGGAGAAAAAAUUAUGGAAGCCACAAGGAACCAUGGUAUUUGUGAGGAAACUGAUUAUGUUCUGACUGAAACACCAUCACCAAUCGGAUCUCCACCUAUGCCACCAGCCAGCACCUUUGGUCCACUCCCACCAUUCAGACCUCAACCUAUUCCUCACCCUACCUUACCAGGGCAUAUGAGCAAAGACCCAAGAGACUCAGUUGCUCGCACUCGACCCACCCACAUACCACCCCCAGAGCUGGAGCACAUGACUCUGCACAAAGUGGUGGUGGGCAGCGUGGCCAUCUUCUUCACCAUGUCCCUAAUCUUGACAGUUGUUUAUGUCUUGUGGCGGCGCUACCCAGGUGCAACAAGGUUGCUACAGCAGCGAUCCAUGGUAGGAAGGAAACGUCGCAAAAAGAGCCCAGAGCCAGAGCAGAACCUGAGCUCCCAGCUUCAAGAGUAUUACAUGAGCUACAACCCUGCUGCCACACCAGAAGCAUUGGAGGUGCUAGGCAAUGGCACUGGUUCCUGCACUUGCACAAUUUCUGGCUCCCGGGAGUGUGAGGUCCCCCACCAGAUGGGCGCGCUGACCUUCUACCGCUACGAGCAGCCUAUCGUAGACUACUGCCAGGCUCAUCAACCCCUGAGGCUCAACAUGGGUUAUGAGGGACCCCCACAAGGCCUGGAGGGCCUGGAGGACCUGGGGCCAUGUGAUAGGGGCACUAUACAGACAGUGGCGCUGCCUGCCGUGCCCUCUGCCGCUACUAUGGGUGCCCCUGUGCCAGGGCCUCGCUCUCCUCCACCACCUCUCAGACCACCAACCGAAGGUCCCAGCAGCGGUCCUUUUCCAACCAUUGAGCGCACUGGCACACUCACCGGCACACUCAAAUUUGGACGCUAG